AUGAUGGCAAAAAAACAAGAUGCAAAGGCGCCCACCUACAACCUGGUCGUGGUGGGCCUGUCCGGCACAGAGAAAGAGAAGGGGCAGUGUGGUGUGGGCAAGUCCUGCCUGUGCAACCGCUUUGUCCGUCCCAGCGCAGACGACUUUUACCUUGACCACACCUCCGUGCUAAGCACCAGUGACUUCGGGGGACGUGUGGUGAAUAAUGACCACUUCCUGUUCUGGGGGGAAACGGGGCGGGUGCUGGAGGAGGGGCCAGAGUGCAGAAUGCACGUGGUGGAGCAGACAGAGUUUAUUGAUGACCAGACGUUCCAGCCGCACCGUUCCACAGCCCUCCAGCCCUACAUCAAGAGGGCAGCCUCCAACAAGCUGGCCUCUGCAGAGAAGCUGAUGUACUUCUGCACGGACCAGCUUGGGCUGGAGCAGGACUUUGAGCAGAAGCAGAUGCCCGAGGGGAAGCUGAUGGUGGAUGGCUUCCUCCUCUGUGUGGACGUCAGCAGGGGCAUGAACCGCAACUUUGACGACCAGAUGAAGUUCAUCACUAAUCUCUACAAUCAGCUAGCCAAGAACAAGAAGCCAGUGGUUCUGGUGCUCACCAAGUGUGACGAGGGGGUGGAGCGCUACAUCAAGGACUCUCACACCUUCGCCCUGGCCAAGAAGAACCUCCAGGUGGUGGAGACAUCCGCACGCUCCAAUGUCAACGUAGACCUGGCCUUCCUCACCCUGGUGCAGCUAAUAGACAAGGGCCGGGGCAAACCCAAGAUCAUCCCCUACUUUGAGGCCCUGAAGCAGCAGAGCCAGCAGAUUGCCUCGGCUAAAGACCGCUAUGAAUGGCUGGUCAGCCGCAUCGUGAAGAACCACAAUGAGACGUGGCCCAACAUCAACCGGCGCAUGCAGACCUCCUCAGAGUACAAGGAGUAUGUCUUCCUGGAGGGCACGGCCAAAGCCAAGAAACUCUUCCAGCAGCACGUCCACAGGCUCAAACAGGAACACAUUGAGCGAAGGCGGAAGGUCUAUCUUAGCACCCUGCCUCAGGCACUGGGUUCCCUAGUCCCUGAGCUGGACGAGAUCGACCACCUGAGCUGGUCCGGGGUCCAGAAGGUUCUGGAGACCAAGCGGGACUUCUCCCAUUGGUUCGUUGUGUUGGACGACACCCCCUGGGAGACCACGCCACACAUAGACAAGAUGGAUGAUGAGAGGAUUCCCCAGGAUCUCCUGGAGACCCCUGUGGCCGAGACGAUUUACGAGAGCCACCUGGAGCACCUGAGAAACGAGCGCAAACGGGCAGAGAUGAGGUGGGAGUUCAAGGAGCAGCUCAGUGCCUCUCCCUUCAUCACAGCAGGCAAACCCUGGGAGGAGGCACGCAGCUUCAUCAUGAAUGAAGACUUCUAUCAGUGGCUCGAAGAACAAGAGUACCUAGACAUCUACAACAGGCACCAGAAGGAGAUCAUCGACCGAGCAAAGGAGGACUUCCAGGAGCUGCUGCUGGAGUACUCAGAGCUCUUCUAUGAGCUGGAGGUAGACGCCAAGCCCAGUAAGGAGAAGAUGGGGGCCAUCCAGGAGGUGUUGGGGGAGGAGCAGAGGUUCAAGGCCCUGCAGAAGUUGCAGGCAGAGAGGGAUGCUCUGGUGCUCAAGCAUAUCCACUUUGUCUACCACCCCACCAAGGAGACCUGCCCAAAUAGCCCCCACUGUGUGGACUGUAAGAUUGAACAGGUUCUAGCCUCCAAGUUCCCCACUCGAUACUCCUUCUUCGAUAGCCAUAAACCGGGCGACGGGAACGCAGAUCGGAUAAACCUGGUCAUUCUGGGUAAAGAUGGCCUGGGUAGAGAACUGGCCAAUGAGAUCAGGGCUUUGUGCACCAAUGACGACCGGUACGUGCUGGAUGGGAAAAUGUAUGAAUUGUCCCUCCGGCCCAUAGAGGGUAACGUGCGUUUGCCGGUCAAUUCCUUCCAUACGCCUACCUUCACCCCCCAUGGCGUCCUGUGUCUCUACAACUCUAUGGAGUCACUAUCCUACAUUGUGGAGAGCAUUGAGAAGCUUAGAGAGUCAACGCUAGGCCGAAGGGAAAACAGUCUAUUUCAGCUGCCCAUGAACCUUCUCCUAGUCACCAAACGGGGGGUAGGGUCCGUCAGGGACAUUGGGGGGGAGACGGCUCACACACUUAUCCUCCAGGGGCAGCAGGUGGCUGGGAAGCUACAAUGUGGUUACCUAGACCCCGCCUCCCCUGGGGUGGGCUAUGGACGCAAUGUGAACGAAAAGCAGAUCAACCAGGUGUUAAAAGGUCUUUUAGAAUGCCGUAGGCCCCCUGGGAGCAUAGGCAGCAGCUCCCCUCCUUUACCCCCUUCCUUCAGAGACUCUCACUCCCAGCCCAUACCCGAGACAGACCUGCGGAUAGUCAUGUGCCUGAUGUGUGGGGACGAUUAUGACGUGGAGCAGCUCCUCUCUCCUCUCCUGCUGCCCCAGCACUGUCGGCCGGCCUCCAGCCUGAGCAGUGGCACGUCUGUGCUCCUAGAGCUCACGGUGGGGGCCCAGAGGCACACCAUCGACCUCUCCCUGCUCUCCUUCCACUCCUCAUUUGCCCUACGGAAGAGCCGGCUGGUGCACGGCUACAUUGCAGUGUAUUCGGCCAGGCGCAAGGCGUCCAUGGAGACCCUGUGUGCGUUCCUGUGCGAGGUGCAGGACAUUAUCCCCGUGCAGCUGCUGGCGGUGGGGGAGAGCCAGGCUGAGCUGUCGGACUCUGAGGCGGCCAGGGAGCAGGUGAGCCAGGGGGAGGAGCUGGCCCGGGAGAUCGAGGCCAGGUUUAACACAGUAGUGUGUGGGCCUGGAGGGGUGGUGGGAGGCCUGCACAGGAUAGACCUCUUCCAGCCCUUCCUGAAGGAGGUUGUGGAGAAACGCACCAUAGUGGAGGCCACACACAUGUACGAUAAUGUAGCAGAGGCCUGCACCACUGAGAGCAUGAGCCCGGCCCGCUGCAAUUCCCCCAGCCCCAUCAACACCCUGCUAGACUCUGAGGAGGACGUGGAGCCCUCACCCCCCUACCCUGAUGGUACCCUCACCUCCCACCUGGGGGGCUUCAAGCUCCCUGACCUGGAGUCCAGCGACGCCUUCUCAGUCAUCUCUGAGAUCAGCACCUUCGAGAGCAAGCUCAACAACAAGGUGCCCCCCCAGGUGCGGCCCAAGCCCACCGUACGGAAAGUCAACCUGGGGCCCUACAUGGACCAGCAAGGGACCAACCGCCGCUCCUUACCCCCUGCUGUCACCUGGGCGCCGGGCAGCGACGGUGGCUACGACCCCUCGGACUACGCAGAGCCCAUGGAUGCCGUGACCAAACAGCGGCCCACGGAGGAAGAGAGCAUCUACUCGGUGCCCCACGACAGCACGCAGGGCAAGAUAAUCACCAUCCGCAACGCCAACAAGCAUUCUAACGGCGGGGGCAAUGGCUCAGAUAGCGAGGCUGACAGCAGCUCCCUGGAGCGGAGGCGGAAGAUGUCUGCUCUGGGGGUGAAGCCACGGCUGUACCGCGACCGCUCUAAACGCCUGGGCAAGUUCAGCAGCUUCCGCACUAGCUUCUCUAUCGGCAGUGAUGACGAGCUGGGGCCGCCCAAAGCAGCAGAGGAGCUGGGCGGGGCGCACAAGGGGGACAACUCCAUUAACGAGGAGGGCGAGGACCCCAAGAGAAGGAACAUCCUCAGGAGCCUGCGCAGAAACACCAAGGUAUGUGCCCCAGGGUGGGUGGGUGGGUGUCUGUGUGUGUAUCGUUCAUCAAUAACAUCACAUCAGAUUGCAUACUUUCAGUUUUUAUUCUUUAUACCAGUCACAUACUGUAUAUAGAGCAUCCCGAGAAAGAGAAAAACAGCUGUGAUUCAUUGAGAUUUCACCCUAGGAAUGACUUCAUAUACAAUCUCUAUUAAGCUAUUAUAGACUACUUAAUGAGUUUCAUCUGUUUAAUAGGGUUUUGUCUUCACUUACCACCUUUAUCAAAAUGACUUAGCAACAGUGUUCCUAUUGCACUGUUCAGUGUUUAUUGGUGUGUGUAUUUCCUCACCUGUGUUAGUGUAUGAGCUGUACUCAGGGGAUUUCUGUGUCAUGUCUCUGCUCACUAGAGCCCAUCUCAUUGGAGUCUGACAUGCUAUGGAGGGUCUAGGUCUAGGUUACCUUCCAGGCUCUUUAAAUCAGCCCUGCCUUCUCUCACUCUGUGGGCCUACUUUUCUCCUGCUCUGCGGGAGUCCUCCAAACUAGCCCAAUCAUGGGCGGAAGCAGAGAAACUUCAGCUAUUGAACUCACCCAGCUCAGGAGAAACUGUUUUAAUGAAUAGGGAGCUCAGUAUACGCUCAGGCUAUGGCUAGUUGUGUAUGUGUGUGUGUUUCCGUGUAUGUGCAUGUGUUGUCAGUAUUUAUGUGUGUGCGUGCUGUCAUUAUUCCACAAACUGACAAAAUUCUCAAACUUUAACCCCUGCUGACAUAGCUCAUUAGAACACCAUUAAAACUGAAGUUACAUUUUUGCGAGUUUAGUUUCAGACAUUUCUUUCACUGGUCACCUGAAUGAGGGCAUUAACGAGAAUAAAAAGGGAGAUAAUUAUUUUACUGCCCCCUCUCCCCCCUCCACACGGUCUCUCUGUACAGCAGUUAUGUUUUAUCCUGGAUUAAAGCAUCCCUAGCUCUAACCCACUCACUGUUCACAAAUUACAAACCUGUUACUGCCCCAGCCCUAGCUGCAGUCCCAUAGGCUGGCUUGUUUAAAAAAAAAACUAUUCGGUAAGUAGGUCUGUGCAGAGUAGACCCAACGGGUUUAUGACAUGCUCUGUUCAGAGGUGGGCUAUGUCUCUAAUCCGGAGAGUUCCCCGCUGCAUCAGUGCAUGAAGUCAGACCCGCCCUAAGAGCACGAUAGGCUGCAGUCUCACUGAAUAAAGUGAACAGAGAGUGAUUGGCAGCUGAGUGGUCCAACUGUGCAGCAUGUUUUCAGUAGUGCUCUAGUGCUGCACCAAAACAUGCCCAGAGACUAGUGGACAUGCCCUGGGUUUAUUUUCUCCUCAUCCUCCCACACAUUCUCUUUCCCUCCCUCAUUCCCCGACUCUCCCUCUCUUUACCUUCCUGCUGACGAAGCGGGAUAGAGGGAAUAUAAGACUCAUACGUGGGCGUCAGCCUCACUCUGGCCUCCCUCCCUCAGACACUCUGCAGUGAAACAUUUGACCCAACACCGUCAGUCUUAUCUGCCUGCCAUAGCUCCCAUUCACACAGAGAGGCUGACACAUAAGUGCCACCUAAGUGGGAGCGAAAGCAGUGUAUAUGAUUAGACUGGCUGGGAGAGAGACACAAACCACCCUGUCGCUGUGUGUGGGUGAUAAUUACCAUGGGUGUCAGUAGGGAGGACAGGGGAUUUAUGGUUUCACACACAGUGGUGAUGUCCCUCCACUCCAUAAACUAUACAAGACUGUUUAGUUGUAUACUGUAUAUCCUGAAUGAUGCUCUAUAACAUCACAAAUCUAGAGAGAAUUGGUUGGCGGAACCAGUAUAGGGGGAACUUAAUUGAACCGCCCAAAAAUAAAACAAAAAUGCUUUAUGGGACUAAGCUAGCGACUCCCCAGACUGCAGAGCACAGCCUUAGGGCUGAUCUGGGCCCUGUGCCCCCGCUCCACUUACAUUAAAGCCUUUAUUACUUAAUGGGAGCCAUAACAAGGGCAUCAGGUUCCCAGAUCAGCUGUCUCUCGAUUGAUGAGGGUCGCCAGCUGUAGCCUUGCGUCCCCUUAGGGCACUGCACAUUUGGGUCAUUAUAAUCAAGAGAGAGUGUCCCUGUAAGUCUGAUCUGAGGUCAGGGUAGAACCAGCCAGUCCUGUCUCUGUGUCUGCCUGGCCGCCGUUAGGCCUCAGCAUUGAGUUCACAGUAGAAACUAACCCUCUCUCCCUGUUCAAAUACAUUCACCUCAGGCUGUGGCUGGCUGACUUGGCAGAGGUCUCUCUCUCUCUCCCUUGGCAGAGGUCUCUUCUCUCUCUCUCUUCUCUCUCCUCUCUCUCUCGCUCUCUCUCUAUCCCUCUCUCUACCGAGACGCCAGAAACGUUUCCUCUCCCCAGCCUUCCUCAGUGGAAUGUUUUAAAUUCCUGCAUCACCUAGUUCCAUUCUAAUACGCCGCUAGCACUGCACACAGAGAGAGAGAGAGAGAGAGAGAGAGAGAGAAGAACCCUGGUCUCUUGUGUUUUAUUAAGGACGUGUUUUGUUUUCCUUGUGUGGUAGAGGUAUGUUGUCUUCUCAGCGCUAGCAACAUCCUGUCUCAGUAAGCAACUGAGGAGUGGCCACAAGAAAAAAAUGCAGGGAAUAUGCUAACCGUUGAUAGGAAACAAAUACAAGGUAGCUUACUAGUCUCAGCUCCCAAAUGCGUACAUCUCUGCUUCAGCUCUCAGCUCAGUCUGCCCCCCAGGCCUCUUGGGACAGCAACACAUUCCCAGUGAACACCAUUUAAGUGCACCGUACAAGUGAAGUUACGGCUUGAACGGCACAGAAGUAGCUGCAGUAGCUUAUAAUGCUGAUAACAGCAGUAAGUUAGGGACUUACUACAAACUAUGAUUGCGUUUCGGAUGCGGUAAUUUUCGAGGGAUGCAGUGUAGUGGAAAGGGAGUAUGACAAGGGAGAGGAAAGCGAGUGCAGAGGAUAAAGAAAACAUAGAGAGGUGAAAAGUGGAAUGGAGAUGUGUAUCACACAUACAGCUCGAGACAGGAAUGUAUGAUUCUUAUCAGCUUAGGCCUUGAGAAGAAUCUGCUGCAAGGGUGCGUAUGUGUGUUGUGUUGGUGCUGGUUGAUAGAGUAGAUGCCCAUAUUAAGAAUGAAAGUGUGGUAAUGUGUGUGUUAAAAUUGUGUGCAUAUCUAUGGUCUAACAAUCUAUCCAUGUCUUGGCUGGAUGAUGAACAGAAAGGAUAACACCAUUCUCAUCUCUCCCUCCCUCCCUCUCUCAGAAACCGCGGCCCAAGCCCAGACAUUCCAUAUCCAAAGUAGAAAGCAACUACUUUGGCGUGCCAUUGGCCAACGUGGUGACACCUGACCGACCCAUCCCGCUCUUCAUCGACAAGUGCAUCCGAUAUAUUGAGGCAACAGGUAAGCUUACACGUAUUACAGAGGCUGUAUUGUUGUUCUGAAUGGAUGCUAUUGAUUACUGAGACUAUUGAGAAGAACAAUAUAGUGGCGUAUAGAGGGAGUAGGUGGCUUUAUUGAUUUACUCCUGUGCUGGUUCCUUGUUUGUGACCCAUAUUACUAUUCAGGGAGCAAAGGUCGCAAGCAGUUUCUGACCUCAAUAUCAGCAAGGUCUCCUCUUUUCUCUCCUCUCUCCCUCUCGCUCUCCCUUCUCUCCUCCUCCCUCUCUCUCUCUCCUCUCUCUCUCUCUCCGUUCUCUCAUCUCGUCUCUCUCUCUCUCCCUCUCUCUCUUCUACGAUCUCUCUAGUCUCUCUCUCCUCUCUCCUCUCUCUCUCUCUCUCUCUCUCUCUCUCUCCUCUCUCUUUCUCUCCUCUCUCUCGCUCUCUCUCUUCUCUCUCCUCUCUCUCUCUCUUCCCCCCCCCCCACCCUGUGGAACUGGGUACACAGAUGGGCCUGUGCCCGGUUAACCCUGCUGCCACACUCUGCCCUAAUGCCCCUCAUGCUACAUCACUGCCCUGGGCCCUCAAGGGGCACGUCGCUCAGCCUAACAUCAGCUGUUACUCAAUCCCCCUAACGUGUGUGUCUCGGGAAGGUGGUUGAAGUGACAGGUCUGAAUACACAGGGGCAUUAUUAUAUGGAACACCUUUGAUACUCAAGCAGGAAAAUUAUUCCAUGAUGCAAAUGAGAGCAUUCAGGGUAGAAUGCUAAAUCGAGAUCACAGUAUUCUGCGUGUUGUGUUUGUGUGAGGAUGCAAAAGCCAUGACAUGCCUUAUUGACAUUUUUGGCAGUGCAUUCCUGGGUAAUCGCUUGUCUGAUUAAACCUUUCCCACACAAGGAUUAAAGUCAGACGCCUCUGCGCUGCCACGUGUGGGUAAAGGGGGCAGAGAUACGCACUUGAGUCAGGGCACCAGCGAGGUGCUCGCUGCCACCCUCACCCACCUGAGUGAAUUUAGCUACCACAAGGGGGCAGAGUGGAGUGGCACACACACACCACCUCCUUGGUUUCCCUCCUGCCUGCCUCUCUCUCUUUUCACCUAAUCCACCAUUUCCUCUCCUCUCUUCCCCUGCAGAUUCCCUCGUGUCCUCGUUUGGCCCUCUCUCCAUCUAGUCUCUUUCUUUCACCCACUGUCCUCAUCUGCUUAGUUUUCCUUGCCCUCUGUGCCUCUUUCUCUCUCUCACCGUCUUUCUCGCUCUCUCUCUCUCUCUCUUUCUUUCUCUCCCCCUCUUUCUCUCUCACUCUCUCUCUCUCUCUCUCACUCUCUCUCUCCCUGUUUCUCUCUCCUGUGUGAUGCCAAUGCCCCUGUCUCUGUCUGUGUUCAGAGGCAGUGGGGUAGUGGUAAUUUUCUGCCCUAUAGCUCCCUCCUUCAGAUCGAUAUCACAGAGCAGGAAAUUAGAACAAUCUAUGAGCUCAGCUCUUUUCUCUGUGUGCACCGGGAGGGAGGAGGAACACACUGCAGCAACACAACACACAGUCCUUAGCCACAUCCUCUGAUGACACUCUCACUAUGGAGUCAGUGCACACGCACACGAAUAAAUAAAGGCAUACACCAAAAUAUGCACACACACACACAAAAGCGCUCAGAUGGUGACACACCCAAAUGCUUUACAUGAGAAACACCAGCACUAAAUGGGAAUAUUCUCACUGUGAAGCACACAGUCCUAUUCUAACUCACACAUUGACUUAUACACUCCGACUCAAACUUAAAUGUGCUGUCCCGUUUUAUAAGUCAUGGAGGCUAUUUAAGGAUGUUGUUGCCAAAGUGACAUUCAUUUUUUUGUUCAUUACGGCAUCGUGACAUUCAAUGGUGUUAGUGUCCAGAGCUUGUUGUUUAACACGUACCAACACUUUCACUAAAAUUAGCUACAAUGUGUCUUUACUUAUUACGGUAGUGUACUAUAAAAUUAUUUCUGUAAAAUAAACUUAGUCAGGGGUCAGACGUGCGUUUGUGUGUGGUUGUGCAUUUGUCUCUGUGUGUGUACGUGUGCCUGUGUCUUCCUUGUGCCCCCCUCUUUUGUUGAGUAUGACAGAGGAGAGGCAGAGGAUGACCCUAUGAUUGUAACUAAAGGUGUCCAGGGCUUUAGGGGGAUAAGUGAUGUUAUGUUAUGGAGCAGACCUACAUCCGUCCCCUCUCCCUCACCCUAUACCAAAAAUACAUACCCACCCUACCGUAUUGUCCGAGCUGCCCACUGCUCUCCUAUACACAUCCUCUCUUAUCAUUCCUCCAUCCCCCUCUCAACGUCUGUGUAAGGGCGCUCCCUCCACCCCCACUCCUUCAACAGUCUCUCCCUCUGUCCUCCCUCUCUUUACCUUCGUCCCCCUCACACCUUUGCUACUGUUAUUCCCUUUCGGUCCAUCUUCCCCGGACUCUUCUCCUUUUGCCUUCCCACUUAUUUUCCUCUGAUCUUUCUCUCUCUCCAUCCCUUCUGCUCCUCAGUCUCCAUACGGAGUAAUGUUUCUGUUUCCACUCAGUGAGUUGUGUGUCCUUGUGGGUAUUGAGAUGAUGAAUGCGUGUUAGCAUGCGUGGGCACGUCUCCUUGUUCUAGCGAGCUCCAUAGCGACGUAAAGGGCAGCAGCCAGUGAUAGCGUGUUUCCGUGGUGGCCUAUGAAAACGGCUGCUUGUUGCCGGUGGCAACGGGACCCUGAGACAAACCCCACAUCUGGGCUGAGGAUCAGUCUGACCCUUGUCAGAGAGGCUUUGCCAACACGCCUCCGGAGCCAACUGCCACUCUCUUCUCUCUGUGUGUGUGUGUGUGUGUGUGUGUGUGUGUGUGUUUUUGCUUUUCACAGCAGUUGUCAUGAAUUGUAAUGAUGAAUGAGUGUUCGGAAGAGAGCAAGAGCUGUUCACACAUUCUCAUAAGUUUAAUGCUUAUCGUGGGCAUGUGUGUGUUUGGGACGUCACUUGAUGGUGUCUGAUAUACUGUAGGUGGAAAAAGACUUGGAGAGAUGAAAAUGUAAUAAAAAUAUAAUAAUGUCAUGAUUAUGUGAUGAAAUGGGAUAGUCCUGUAGAAGCAGGAGAUGGUCGCUCAGACAGGAUGUAGAUAAGCUGUACACAGGAAGUGCUAGUGUUUGGUUUGACUCCGGUCACUGCAGAGGAAAGGAAACCGGUCCAGAGCUGCUCUCAGAACAAAGAGGGUGAUGGAAGUUGACCUCUACAUCACACUCUCUGACCUCUGCAUUUCCACUACCAUCCUCCCUCUGUCUAUAUCUCUCUCCCGCUUCCUCACUCUGGCUCUGUAUGGUAAGAGCAUGACGGUAGUAUGCCAGAGUAAGGCUGUGGCGGUCAUUACAUUUUGUAAGCAGUUGAUUGUCAUGCCUACACAAACAACAAUAAAUCCAUUAUUUAUUUUAGGCAGGUCUAAAGAAACAUGAUAUGAAGAAAAUGUAGUCUAUUUCAGAAGAACAGAAUAGCAUAUUCUGAGUCGUCCUUAUGUUAGGCACUGAUCUGGCUAUGCCAUAUGGCUGUGGGCUACACUAGUUCAUUUAGCAGACAGGAUUUGCUUAUAAUUUCCGGGGCAUUAUUUGAAAGUAAGAAGAAUACAAUUGAACAUAGCUGAAUAAAAUAGAAAGGAUAUUUUCCCCAAAUGAUUUCCGAGCGAGUGCGCAUAUGCGGCUAUUCUGUGUUGAGUGGUUCUCCUGAGUGGCGCAGUGGUCUAAGGCACUGCAUCGCAGUGCUAACUGUGCCACUAGAGAUCCUGGUUCGAAUCCAGGCUCUGUCGCAGCCGGCCGCGACCGGGAGACUCAUGGGUCGGCGCACAAUUGGCCCAGCGUCGUCCAGGGUAGGGGAGGGAAUGGCCGGCAGGGAUGUAGCUCAGUUGAUAGAGCAUGGCGUUUGCAACGCCAGGGUUGUGGGUUCGAUUCCCACGGGGGGCCAGUAUAAAAAAAUAUGUAUUCACUAACUGUAAGUCGCUCUGGAUAAGAGCGUCUGCUAAAUGACUAAAAAUGUAAAUGUUAACAAAGAAACAGGUCCUUCUAUAUGCUUCAUUUAGUUGUUCAUGCAACUUUAGUUGUGAUAUAAACAUUAGGAUAUAUGUUUUGAUUUGUAAUACAUUCUAAGGCAUGAUGUGAGUCUAAUGAUUUUGAAAAAAGUCGCAUGAAAGACAUGAGCUCUGCUUUGUUUCUUGCGCAGGCUGCACACACUUCAUCAGUCUCUCAUUCUCUCAUUCACAAUUUGACAAGCACUUGAUAAUAUUCUGACGGUAGUAUGCCGCACGGCAAGCGGUACCGGAGCGCCAAGUCUAGGUCCAAAAGACUUCUCAACAGCUUCUACCCCCAAGCCAUAAGACUCCUGAACAGCUAAUCAUGGCUACCCGGAAUAUUUGCCCCCACCCCCACCCCAUCUUUUUACGCUGCUGCUACUCUGUUAAUUAUUUAUGCAUAGUCACUUUAACUCUACCCACAUGUACAUAUUACCUCAACUACCUCAACUAGCCGGUGCCCCCGCACAUUGACUCUGCAACGGUACCCCCCUGUAUAUAGCCUCCCUACUGUUAUUUUAUUUUACUUCUGCUCUUUUUUUUCUCACUUUUUUGUUAUUGUUGUUUUAUUUUACUUUUUUUAUAAAAAAAUAAAUGCAUUGUUGGUUAAGGGCUGUAAGUAAGCAUUUCAUGGUAAUGUCUACACCUGUUGUAUUCGGCGCAUGUGGCAAAUACGAUUUGAUUUGAUUCUCACCCAUCAGACUGUUCUGAAUAGCCGCAUGUGUCCCGUGUAGCUCAGUUGGUAGAGCAUGGCGCUUGCAGCGCCAGGUAUGUGGGUUUGAUUCCCACGGGGGACCAGUAUGAAAAAAGUAUGAGAAUGUAUGCACUCACUACUGUAAGUCGCUCUGGAUAAGAGCGUCUUCUAAAUGACUAAAAUGCAAAAAUGUAAAACAUGUAUUCUCAAUUUAAUCUGGUCUUUACAUAUAGCCUACCAAUAUAUCAAAUAUAUCCCUUUUUACAUCAGCAGAUGUCACAAAGUGCUUAUACAGAAACCCAGACUAAAACCCCACAGAGCAAGCAAUGUCGAUGUAGAAGCAUGGUGGCUAGGAAAAACUCCCUAGAAAGGCAGGAACCUAGGAGGAAACCUAGAGAGGAACCAGGCUCUGAGGGGAGGCCAGUCCUCUUCUGGCUGUGCCAGGUGGAGAUUAAAAGAGUACAUGGCCAUUAAGGCCAGAUCAUUCUUCAAGAUGUUCAAACGUUCAUAGAUGACCAGCAGGGUCAAAUAAUAAUCACAGUGGUUGUAGAGGGUGCAACAGGUCAGCACCUCAGGAGUAAAUGUCAGUUGGCUUUUCAUAGCCGAGCAUUCAGAGGUCAAGACAGCAGGUGAGGGAGGGAGAGGGAGGAAGAGAGAGAGAGGAUCAAAAACAGCAGGUCCGGGUCAAGGUAGCAAGUCCGGUGAACAGGUCAAGGUUCCAUAGCCACAGGCAAAACAGCAGAAACUGGAGCAGCAGGACGACCAAGUGGACUGGGGACAGCCAGGAGUCAUCAGUCCAGGUAGUCCUGAGGCAUGGUCCUAGGGCUCAGGUCCUCCGGGAGGGGGGAGGGAGGGAGGGAGAGGAGAAUUAGAGGGAGCAUACUUAAGUUCACACAGGACACCAGAUAAGACAGGAUAAUUACACCAGAUAGGACAGACUGACAGACUGACCCUAGCCCCCGGCACUAUUGCAGCAUAGAUACUGGAGACUGAGACGGGGGGGUCGGGGGGCACUGUAGCCCCGUCCGACGAUACCCCCGGACAGGGCCUACCAGGCAGGAUAUAACCCCACCCACUUUGCCAAAGCACAGCCCCCACAACACUAGUGGGUGGUGUAUACCAAACAUUAGGAACAUCUUCCUAGUAUUGAGUUGCACCCCCUUCCCCCCCUUUUGCCCUCAGAACAUCCUCAAUUCGUCAGGGCAUGGGCUCUACAAGGUGUCGAAAGCGUUCCACAGGGAUGCUGGCCCAUGUUGACUCCAAUGCUUCCCACAGUUGUGUUAAUUUUGCUGAAUGUCCUUUGGGUGGUGGACCAUUCUUGAUACACAUGGAAAACUGUUGAGCGUGAAAAACCCAACAGUGUUGCAGUUCUUGACAAAACCGGUGCACCUACUACCAUACCACGUUCAAAGGCACUUAAAUCUUUUGUACUGCCCAUUCAACUUCUGAAUGGUACACAUACACAAUCCAUGUCUCAAUUGUCUCAAGGCUCUAAAAUCCUUCGUUAACCUGUCUCCUCCCCUUCAUCUACACUGAUUGAAGUGGAUUUAACAAGUAACAUCAAUAAGGGAUCAUAGACUGACCAGAUGAAUCCAGGUGAAAACUAUGUCAUGGAAAGAGCAGGUGUUCUUAAAGGAAUAAUCCACCCCCAGAAAUAAAAAUCAUGAAACUCCUGUUGUUUGUUUUGUUCUGUCAGUGGAUAGGUAAAAUACAUGUUUUUUGCAUGAUUCAAGUGGUCCCCCUGUGACAAUCAGGAAAUCAUGUAGGAACGCGUCAUAGCUACAUAAUUGUCGUCACUGGAGAUAGGGGUUAACACACUAUCACAUUUUAGAACGCUUUUAAAACAAUUACCUGCACUCCAGAUCGCCAAAUCAGCCAACAUAUGGUAUGGGCAUACUUGUCUAGAACACAUCCAUCCGUUUAUGUCAUCAUGACAAAGUAUAUAUUUCGCUUAGAUGUGCUCAAUCUAAUCAGUGUAACAAAUCAAGUACCAUGUCGCAAUGCACCGUGUCUGUAGGAAACAGAUAUAUUAUAGAAAGGCGGAGAUAGGAAUCCCAUUGGGAAAUUAAUGGAGAAACGCCCCACCCGACUGACUGUCGACCCAUCGCAUUCACGUUGUCAUGCUGCGUCACGCGGUUCCUAAGCUAAUCAUCACGCAAUCCGGUCCUAAUGGAGUUUCCAUCCCCUCAAAAUUAUCUCUGUGGUAAAGCAACGUAAUGUUGCUCUCGCUCUUGGCAGAGACCCCAUUUAUAGCUCUGUGGCAGAGACGAACUGCAAGUUGAACUCGGUUAGUUAGACUCCUAAAUUGAUGGGGCAGUUUGUUUAGCCGAUGUUACAGCUAACUAGCUACUCCACAUGCUGAUAUUGAGUUUGGUAUUAUUGUGUGUAGCUAUGUUUUCUAGCCAGCCAGCCCAGGGAGAGAGAGAGAGAGAGCAUUGCAUUGUGGUUUUUUGUAGUAGACUUGAGCUGCAACACAUUUCCCCAAACUGAUUUUCACAUGUUUCUACCAACAUUGUUAUAACAACAAAAUGAAACAUUUGUUCACAAAAAAAUAUUGUUCUCACAUAUUUGUGUUAUUUAACACUCUUAAUAACAGGAAUUCGUAGUUUUGGGUGGAUUAUCCCUUUAAUGUUUUGGAUACUCAGUGUAUGUGUGGAAUAUUUUUUUAUUUACAGUGGUCCAUAAAAAAAAAAAUUGGAAUAGCGGAUGGAGGUUAUGUGUGGUUACGUUUUUAAUAUGCCAGGCAGGCUACAUCGGUUGUAAAACGGAUUAAUGUGCUUAAUUUUAAGAAUUUAGCAAUAAAUGUAGCAUCACGAGAAAGCUGGGAUCCUCUUAUAAGAACACAUUUCACUAGGCUCUCUGUAGGCUAUGGGCUAUGGGCUCUCCAAAUGUGUUCCAGGGGUCCUAGGCCUAAAGGUUACAUUUUGGAGUUUGGCCACUUUUGUAAUAAAAACCUUAACAAAACAUAUAGGUCUAUGGGCUAGGGUACAUGAUGCAUGCGACUAUGAUUUAGAAAAAGUCGCGAAAUAAGGCAUCCAACCGACUAUUCUCAAAUUUAUCUUAUCUUUAUAUGUACUAAAUAAAGCUGGGACCGAGAGACUGAAAAACAGCUUCUUGCUCAAGGCCAUCUGACUGUUAAAUAGCCAUUACUAGCCGGCCUCCACCCAGUACCCUGCCCUGAACUUAGUCACUGUCACUAGCCGGCUACCACCCAGUUACUCAAUCCUGCACCUUAGAGGCUGCUGCCCUAUGUAGAUACACAUACAGUGCAUUCGGAAAGUAUUCAGACCGCUUGAUGAAGCACAUUUUUGCACAUUUAUAGAUCGGGUUCAAGUCCGGGCUCUGGCUGGGGCACUCAAGGACAUUGAGACUUGUCCCGAAGCCACUCCUGUGUUGUCUUGGCUGUGUGCUUAGGGUCAUUGUCCUGUUAGAAGGUGAACCUUCACCCCAGUCUGAGGUCCUCAAGGAUCUCUCUGUACUUUGCUCCGUUCAUCUUUCCCUCGAUCCUGACUAGCCUCCCAGUCCCUGCCACUGAAAAACAUCCCCACAGCAUGAUGCUGCCACCACCAUGCUUCACCGUAGGGAUGGUGCCAGGUUUUCUACUGAUGUCACGCUUGGCAUUCGGCCAAAUAGUUCAAUCUUGGUUUCAUCAGACCAGAGAAUCUUGUUUCUCAUGGUAUGAGAGUCCCUUAGGUGCCUUUUGACAAACUCCAAGCGGGCUGUCGUGCCUUUUACUGAAGAGUGGCUUCCGUCUGGCCACUCUACCAUAAAGGCCUGAUUAGUAGAGUGCUGCAGAGAUGGUUGGCCUUCUGGAAAGUCUCCACAGAGGAACUCUGGAGCGCUGUCAGUGACCAACAGGUUCUUGGUCACUUCCCUGACCAAGGCCCUUCUCCCCUGAUUGCUCUAGGAAGAGUUUUGGUGGUUCCAAACUUAUUCCAUUUAAGAAUGAUAGAGGCCACUGUGUUCUUGGAGACCUUCAAUGCUGCAGAUAUUUUUUGGUACCCUUCCCCAGAUCUGUGCGUAAACACAAUCCUGUCUCUGAGCUCUUCUGACAAUUCCUUUGACCUCAUGGCUUGGUUUUUGCUCUGACGUGCACUGCCAACUGUGGGACCUUUAUAUAGACAGGUGUGUGCCUUUCCAAAUCAUGUCCAAUCAUUUACAUUUACCACAGGUGUACUCCAACAAGUUGUAGAAACAUCUCAAGGAUGAUCAAUGGAAACAGGAUGCACCUGAGCUCAAUUUCGAGUGUCAUAGCAAAGGGUCUGAAUACUUAAGUAAAAACCUGUUUUCGCUUUGUCAUUAUGGGGUAUUGUGUAUAGAUUGAUGAGGAAAACUAUUAAUUUAAUACUUUUUAGAAUAAGGCUGUAACGUAACAAAAUGUGGAAAAAGGGAAGGGGUCUGAAUACAUUCCGAAUGCACCGUAUAUACACCUAAAUCCUGGGCAUUCAUAUGGAGUUGGUCCCCCCUUUGCUGCUAUAACAGCCUCAACUCUUCUGGGAAAGCUUUCCACUAGAUUUUGGAAUGUUGCUGCAGGGACUUGCUUCCAUUCAGCCACAAGAGCAUUAGUGAGGUUGGGCACUGGUCGGGCCAAAGGUGUUCAAUGGGGUUGAGGUCAGGGCUCUGUGUAGGCCAGUCAAGUUCUUCCACAGCAAUCUCGACAAACCAUUUCUGCAUGGACAGCGCUUUGUACAUGGGGGCAUUGUCAUGCUGAAACAGGAAAGGGCCUUCCCCUAACUGUUGCCACAAAGUUGGAAGCACAGAAUCGUCUAGAAUGUCAUUGUAUGCUGUAGCGUUAAGAUUUCCCUUCACUGGAACUAAGGGGCCUAGCCCAAACCAUGAAAAACAGCCCCAGACAAUUAUUCCUCCUCCACCAAACUUUACAGUUGGCACUAUGCAUUGGGGCAGGUAGCGUUCUCCUGGCAUCCGCCAAACCCAGAUUUGUCCGUCGGACUGCCAGAUAGUUAAGUGUGAUUCAUCACUCCAGAGAACGUGUUGCCACUGCUCCAGAGUCCAAUGGCGGCGAGAUUUACACCACUCCAGCCGACCCUUGGCAUAGUGCAUGGUGAUCUUAGGCUUGUGUGCGGCUGCUCGGCCAUGGAAACCCUUUUCAUGAAGCUCCCGACGAACAGUUGUGCUGACGUUGCUUCCAGAGCUAGUUUGGAACUCGGUAGUGAGUGUUGCAACAGAGGACAGACCAUUUUUACGCGCUAUGCGGUUCAGCACUCGGCGGUCCCAUUUUGUGAGCUUGUGUGGCCUACCACUUUGCGGCUGAGCCGUUGUUGAUCCUAUACUUUUCCACUUAACAGCACAAUAACAGCAAUUACAGUUGACCAGGACAGCUCUAGCAGGGCAGAAAUGUGUCGAACUGACUUGUUGGAAAGGUAGCAUCCUAUGACGGUGCCACGUUGAAAGUCACUGAGCUCUUCAGUAAGACCAUUCUACUGCCAAUGUUUGUCUAUGGAGAUUUCAUGGCUGUGUGCUCGAUUCUAUACACCUGUCAGCAACCAGUGUGGCUGAAAUAGCCGAAUCCACUAAUUGGAAGGUGUCGACAUACUUUUGUUUAAAUUUAUACUCUGGACAUUGCUCAUCCUAAUAUUUCUAUAUUUCUUAAUUCCGUUCUUUUACUUUUAGAUUUGUGUGUAUUGUUGUGUAUUGUCAGAUAUUACUGCUCUGUUGGAGCUAAGAACACAAGUAUUUCGCUAUACCCGCAAUAACAUCAGAUAAAUAUGUUGCACAUGUCGGAAUAUGUUGCACCUGUCCAUUAUCAUGCACCUGUCGAAACAGGUGCAGAGGAAAAAAAGACAUGUAAUCUGUAUGCACUUGAAUAGCGAAUGGAGGACUCUUUUCCCGCGGUUCAUUUUCAUGCCAGCCAGGUAGGCUACUCCGGUUGUAAAGCGAAGCAAUGUGCUUAAAAUUAGGAAAGUUGAGAAAUAAAUAUAGUAGGCCUAGCUUAUAGAAAGCUGAUGAGAGCCUCCUCCUUUUUAAUAGAGGCCAUCAAAACUCUGUUUUCUCACGCAAUUGUAUAGCAUAGCCUAUAGAAAUGUUGCGCAACAUGGGCUUAUAGGAACACUUAUUUCAUUCCAUGCAUCAACCAGCAACGAGGAGCUGGCUCUCGCUGCCCAACAGGUGAUCCUAUUCUGCUCAAACGCUGAAUGCCAGGGCUCUCAUGAAGUGUUUGAUUUGAUUUUCUAUUGAAUUUGCAUUGAUGUCAGAGUGAUUAGAGGGACAAUAGAGCGCUGAGUACCAGGCCAUUAGCGACAGGCCAUCAGCGACUGGCCGUUAGCACGUUUGGUAGGCUACUAAUGACCAUCAGCGGCAUCAGAGUGCAGUUUUGGAGAAGUCUAGUUACCAUGACUCAGUGGUCACCUGGAAUUUGACUGCGGUCAUGACUCUUGACUCCGGUCAUGCCUCGUGAGUGGCAGUAAUGCGAUCAUAAAAGCCCUACGCCAGGGUCGUGGGUUUGAUUCCUGCUGGGGCCACUAAUGCAAAAAUGUUAGCAAAAGCCUCUGCUAAAUGGCAUGUAUUAUUAUUUAGUAUGUCUCUUCCUCCUCUCCUCCUGUUGCUAUUCUCUUCUAUUUCUCCCUCCCUCCACUCACUCCUCACUCCAUGUCUCCCCUCUGUCUCCCUCCCCCCUCUAUCUCGUUUUCCAUCCCUGUUCCCCUGGAGUCUGGCUAGAAAAGCUUUUGUGGAUAAUUGAUCGGCAGAAGGAGGGGAUCGAUGCUGCUCGUCUUGACUGAGAGUCUCAUUUCCUACCGCCUCUCCCUGUCUCGGGAUUUGUCUUUGUCUCGGUCCCUCCUCUCUCUCUCUCUCUAGCUCUCUCACCAUCUGUCCACACCCAUGUCCUCUCCAUGUCUGUGGUAAAGGCAUGGAUUGCAGAGAGAGGAGAGGAGAAAGAGCUGGAUGAUGAACACAUGAGACCAGAGUUCAUUAAGUCAUUUUUAUGGAUCUUGAACUAUAGUAGCCCCAGUAGCACACAAAGCACCGGAGCACUUUCUGCAAGCCUGCACUGUUGCUUUAUGAGUUUCAUUGAUAGUGCUUAUGAUCUGUCUCGGUGGGAGGACACAAGGCCAGGCCACUAAUAGUCUCCAAUGUGUCUGUUGUUUCAUUACUACACAAUCUCUGCAUAGAACACUGCUUCUAAUAGCACUCUCUAUUGAAAGUGCUUACACAGAGGCUAUAGGGGGACUUGUGUUGUUAUUGAUGUCUGCGAGUGUGUGUUCUGAUUGUGAGUUGGAUUGAUGAAAAAUGUCAUGUUGAAAGCAUCAGGUGGAUAUAUUGUACUGAAUCUCUCCUCUCUCUUCUCUGUCUCUCACUAUCUCUUCUCUUUGCUCUCUCUUCGCUCUCUCUCGCUCCCUCGCUCACUCUCUCAGGUAUCACUACAGAAGGGAUCUACAGGGUGAGUGGGAACAAGUCAGAGAUGGAGAGCAUGCAGAGGCAGUUUGACCAGGGUGAGUCACCAGAACCUCUCUUUUGACAUAAGACAUUCAACUCACACACACACACACACCAACAAUAUGAAUUGUCAACAAUAUGCUAUACACAGUUUAUUAGGUACACCACCCGUUCACAAAAAUAGUUUGCUCCUACAGACAGUGAGUCACGUGGCUGUGGCUUGCUAUACAAAGCAGGCAGACAGGCAUCGAGGCAUUCAGUUACUGUUCGAUUGAACGUUAGAAUGGGAAAAACGAGUGACCUAAGCGACUUUGAGUGUGGUAUGAUCAUCGGUGCCAGGUGUGCCAGUUCCAGCAUCUCAGAAACGGCCGGCCUCCUGGGCUUUUUACCCACGACAGUGUCUAGGGCAAGGUUUCCCAAACUCUGUCCUCGGGACCGCAAGGGGUGCACAUUUAGUUUUUUUUGCCCUAGCACUACACAGCUGAUUCAAAUAAUCAACUAAUCAUCAAGCUUUGAUCAUUUCAAUCAGCUGUGUGGUGUUAGGGCAAAAACCAAGACGUGCACCCCUGCACGCUGGUCUAGGGUUUACCGAAAAUGGUGCGACAAACAAAAAACAUCCAGUCAGUGACAGUCCUGUGGGUGAAAACAGCUCGUUAAUGAUAGGUCGAAGGAGAAUGGUAAGAACCGUGCAAGUAACAGGCGGGCCACAGGCAAAUAACGGCACAGUACAACAGUGGUGUGCAGAACAGCAUUUCAUAAUGCACAACUCAUCGAUCCUUGUCACGAAUGGGCUAUUGCAGCAGACAACCAAACCGGGUUCCACUCCUAUCAGCUAAAAACAAGAAGAAGCGACUGCAGUGGGCACGUGAUCACAAACACUGGACAAUUGAGGAGUGGAAAAACAUUGCCUGGUCAGAUUGAGUGUUAUUGUUGUAGGGUUGUCAGACCCCAUGCCACCCAUGGUCGGUGCCAAUGUACACUUACUGACCUAUGCACAUACAGGCACACACAAACUCACCAAUACACAGAAACAUACUCACAUACCUAGGCACAAACAGGCCAUAGAGGUGCAGUGUUAGUGUGUUGUAUCUGUCCAGAAGCCUGUUGUCGAAUGGAUUCACCUAAUUAACCUGGGAGCAUCUGUAUAAUUGAUAUAAAGGAAGGAGAGGCCUUCCUCACACUGUAGCGUAGCUUCUGUGUGUGUGUGUGUGUGUGUGUGUGUCCUGUGUGUGUGUCCAUGCGUAUGUGUGGUGUGGGCCGUUAAUUACCUCCAGAUUGGUUUGGUUAAUGAAGUGUGUGUGUGUGUGUGUGAGGCUGAAUCCAGCUGAGGUAAUCAGAAGUGAAGUCCUGUGUCCAGUCGAACAGUACCCUAAACCAAGGUGACAAUACAAUUACACAUGAAAUUACAGCAUAGGUAGACCAUAGCCAUAAAUCAGCUAUCACCUAGCCACCCCUUACAGCACAGGUAACCCAUAGCGAUAGAACCACACACCAAGUUCAGAUACAACAGCCGAGACGAGACGAUUUUAUGCAGUUUUAGAAUGAAGUUUUCUUGAUCUGAUCUGACCUGUCUAUUUUUAGAACUUCUCAUUUCGGCUGUUGGAGUUUCCAAGGUUCAACAUGUCAAAUCUUAGCUAAAGAUGAGACGGAUCCGAGUUGUAUCGAGUCAUUGUAAAGAUUCACUGUUACCGUGGAAACAGUCUCAACUGCCCAUCUCGUCGUCUUGAUCUGAAUGCCCUGUCUUUAGUCAGCUGUUCUUCAACACAGAAUUCUAAAACUGGCUAGUUUUGUCUCGUCUCUCCUUAUGUCGGCUACUGUAUCUAAACCGGGCUUUAGGAUCACUGAGAUCUGGAGCCUGGUCUGAAAACAGGUCUGAACCGGAUAGCACUAGGCAUUACUUGGUGAGAACUGACUUGGGACCAGUGUUAUCACUGAAGCUGGUCUGUUAUGUACACAACAGGUCCUAUUUUCCUCCACUCUCUCUUUUCCAUCUCCUUUUCAUCCUUCCUCACUAUCCCCUCUCCCUCACCAUCACUAUCUGUCUAACUCUCUUCCACUGUCACUCCUCCCCCUUUCUAUCCCCCCCCCCCCUUUCUCCCCCCCCCCCCCCCCCCCCCCCCGGUCACCCUGCCUCUCUUCCUCUAUAUUUGUCAUAGAUAGGAGAGAGUCAUCAGAUAAGGGUUUUUAAAAGUCUAUAUUUCCUUAUCCUUCUCUCCUCCCCUCCUUCACCCCCUUCCUUCUCUCCUCCCCUCCUUCACCCCCUUCCUUCUCUCACACUCUUUCUGUGUUUUGAACAACAAGCCUGUGUCAGUGGGGCAGGCGUCGCCUGUGAUUACUCUUGGUUUAUAGUUUUAAUCAGCAGUUGUGCUUCUGGUGCUGCUAACCUCGUUCCCAAUCUCUCCCAUGUGGUCCCUUAUACUGAGCUGCCACACUGAAUAAGAGAUACUCACUGAGGAGCUGGAGCCAAUUGGGUGCAGUUCCUUCUAACAGGAUAAGCAGUGUUCUCUAAGAUAUACAGAACUUUAUUGUAUGCUGGUGUUGUGGAUUGUUUAUUCAGGUAUUUUAGUCUAUCACCAGGUGGGGUGAUACUAUAGUAGUAAAACAAAUGAGUUUAAGGCAGACCUUUUGUGUGUGUGUGUGUAUGUGUGUGUACGUGUCUGUUUCAUAUUAUUGUCUCUUGUAGAUCAUGUCCUAAAUCAGGUGUCUCUUCCAUGUCUUAUUCUAAUGAAUCCCUCUCUCUCUAUCUCUCUCUGUCUGUCUCUCUCUCUCUCCGUCGCUCUCUGUCUCCCUGCUAGACCAUAACCUGGACCUGGUGGAGAAGGACUUCACUAUCAACACGGUGGCCGGGGCCAUGAAGGCCUUUUUCUCUGAGCUGCCUGAGCCCCUGGUGCCCUACAGCCAUCAGAUCGAACUGGUGGAGGCCUUCAGUAAGACAUGGGCCUGGGGAGAGGGGACAGAGUGGGCUGGGCUGGGGAGAGGGUGGCAGGGAAAGGGGGGACUGGGGAUA